CACCCGGAAGCGCUUCGUCAGCAGCCAUCAGAUUGACCAGAGAGCCAUAUCAGACCCCGAGGGAAGGAUCUGGUUCCCCUUUACUCCCCUAAUGUCAUAUUAGUUUUCGGUCGACGGCAAAUUAAUUUAGGAGGCUCCGAAGACCAAUGUCCGCGCUUUCGUUUUCGUUCUGAUUUAAAAAACCGUUAUCUACCGAAACAGAAUGGAAAGGACGAGCACCUCUGCGGGCACGUUUAGGACAUAAUCGAUCGGUUUUAAAAACGUGUAUUGAGGGUUUAAAGUUCACUGGCUGAUUUUCAAACGCUUCGUCAGUCCAGGCUAUAACUUUUUUUUGAAUUAUUUUUAGCUGAUACUUUCAAGAUAGUUUCUCUCUACAGCACGAGACUACAAGUUACGCCGACUACUCGCCACGCCCCCUUCUUUCUUAAAGACGUAUCGACCUCCGAGCGCGUUCAAUCCUUCAGUCACUCGUCUCACGGCCAGAAGGAUGAAAGACCCUGUGAAUUUUAGUGCUAUUCACAAAAUAUGCAAGUUGCUCGUGUUGCUGUGUUUUCUCCACAUUUCAGUGGUUUUUGUUUUUUACGUUAAGUCGUUCGACAUCGGACAUGCGUUUAUUCAUAAAGAGCCAACUUUUACCAGACGGAAUUCAACUGCACGGCCGUUCCCGGCCGGGACGAAUGCCGUUUCAACAGCCGAAGGACUAGCAACCACAAACCAUGAAAGGAACCAGGGGAUCUCUUCAAAUAAAAAACUACCUGUCGCUGCCAGUCAACAGACCAUUGAGCUUGGGAAAUGUCCCGAAACAUCGCCACUCUUAGUGGGCCCGCUGCAGGUGGAGUUCAAAACCCCCGUCUCGCUGGAGCAGGUCAUGAAGGAUAACGUGGGCUUGAGGCUGGGCGGGCGCCACACACCCAAAGACUGCGUCGCCCUGCAGAAGGUGGCCAUCAUCAUACCGUUUCGGAACCGGGAUGAGCACCUCAAGUUCUGGCUCCACUACCUCCACCCGAUCCUGCAGCGACAGCAGCUGGAUUACGGCAUCUACGUCAUCAAUCAGGGAGGAACGCAGACGUUCAACCGUGCAAAGCUGCUCAAUGUGGGUUACAUGGAGGCGCUGAAGGACUACGACUACGGGUGCUUUGUCUUCAGCGACGUAGACAUCAUCCCCAUGGACGACCGCAACACCUACAAGUGCUUCGACCAGCCACGCCACCUCUCAGUCUCCAUGGACAAGUUUGGCUUCAAGUUACCAUACUGGCAAUACUUCGGGGGCGUGUCAGCCAUGAGCAAGGAGCAGUUCAAGAAGAUCAAUGGCUUACCCAACAGCUACUGGGGCUGGGGAGGCGAAGACGAUGACAUCUACAACAGGUUAGCCACGAAGGGUAUGACCAUCUCUCGGGCCAGUGGCACGGUGGGGAAAUGCAGAAUGAUUCGACACAACCGGGACAAGAAGAAUGAGCCCAACCCUCAGAGGUUUAACCGACUGGCUCACACCAGAGACACCAUGGCCAAGGAUGGCAUCAACUCGCUCACGUACACUGUGGUUGGCAAGGAGCAGAGGCCGUUGUACACCUACAUCACUGUGGAAGUGGGGGAACCAUGACCCCACCUCCACUGACCGCCGCAGUACCCAAAUGUGCCUUACACGACCUUCUACGGAAGCAAGCCAAAAAACUCUUUUUGUCACGUUUUAAUAUUUUUUUAGGAGGGGGGGGGGGGGUGGGGAGGUUGUCUCUCAUAAACAUUGGACAUCGCUGAGGAAUAAAGCAGUGAAUCUUUUGAACACAUGAAUAUGUGUUCGCUACUUUGUACCAAAGUGCCCGCUUGUCUCUGGGACGUCUGCAGAAUCUCCUUCACAACCCCAUUGUGUGUGUGUGUGUGUGUGUGUGUGUGUGUGUGUGUGUGUGUGUGUGUGUGUGUGUGUGUGUGUGUGUGUGUGUGUGUGUGUGUGUGUGUGUGUGUGUGUGUGUGUGUGUGUGGGGGGGGUUCUCAGCCCAAUAAAUGUUUUGGGGUAUAAUAUAUUAUCUUAUUCUGUUUUUAGGAGGGGUGUGUGUGUGUGACCAAAGUUGUGCGUUUCUUGGGGGAGGGGCUGGAGCUUCCCCUGGCUUAAUCCACCUGGAGCCCUCUCCCAGUCCCAGCCUGCCUGGGAACGAGC